UACAAAAGUGUAGAUAAUUUUGAGAAGAAAUAGUAUUCCCUUUCUCUAUUCCUCAUACACAAGUGGAUGCUCUUUGAAAGCAACCAAGAAUUGAACGGAUCAGAAGUUCGAUCAUGAAUUCAUGAGCAUGGUAUGAGUUUUCUCAAGGAAUUGGUGGAUACCGUAAACUCGAUCUUCCGCUAUCAACAGCAACCGUCUUCUUCUUCUUCUUCUUCGCCGGAAUCUCAUCGAAACCCUGACGGCCGAUCAAUGGACGGCGUCAGCACCGGCAACGAGCGCACGGCUUACAAGCUCAAAAGCUACUUCGAUUUGGCCAAAGAAGAGAUCGCCAAAGCUGUCCGGGCCGAGGAAUGGGGCUUGGCCGAAGAUGCCGUUUCGCACUACCAAAAUGCCCAGAGAGUUCUUGCAGAAGGCAUUUCUACCCCUGUUCCUUCGUACAUCACAUCAAGUGAACUAGAAAAGGCCAAAUCUUUUCGCCAAAAGAUGUCACAGUGGCAGGGCCAGAUUGCAGAGAGAAUCCAAACUUUAAGUCGAAGACCAGGAAUUUCAGGUAGUACAUCUGCUGUAAUCAAGAGUGGCGCUCCUCGGGUCCAGAAUACAUCUGUUUCGCCUACAAGCUCUUAUCUUAGAAAAUCUGCAGUUGAAAAGCCUUCUGGAUCCAAUAAGCACAGGGAUGAUAUUAGGAUCAAAUCUACAAAAGUUGGUAGCUCAAAACCUGUACAAGAGUCCGGUGGUGGAUAUGAUGUAAAGUUGACUGAAAUGAUAAAUUCCGUGAUUGUUGAUAGAAGUCCUUCUGUAAAAUGGGAAGACAUUGCUGGGCUUGAAAAUGCAAAACAAGCUCUGUUGGAAAUGGUAAUACUGCCAACCAAAAGGCGAGAUCUUUUUACAGGACUUAGAAAGCCUGCAAGAGGUCUGCUUCUUUUUGGUCCACCUGGUACCGGCAAGACCAUGCUUGCCAAAGCAGUUGCUUCAGAGUCUCAGGCAACAUUUUUCAAUGUGUCUGCUUCCUCCCUAACAUCAAAGUGGGUGGGAGAGGGCGAAAAGCUUGUUCGGACCCUUUUCACGGUUGCCAUUUCCAGGCAACCAUCAGUAAUUUUCAUGGAUGAGAUUGACAGUAUUAUGUCAACUAGGAUGGCCAAUGAGAAUGAAGCCAGCAGGAGGUUGAAAUCUGAGUUCCUUAUCCAGUUCGAUGGGGUUACAUCUAAUUCAGAUGAUUUGGUAAUUGUUAUUGGUGCGACAAAUAAGCCACAUGAAUUGGAUGAUGCAGUUCUCAGGAGAUUGGUGAAGAGAAUAUAUAUACCUUUGCCAGAUGCAAGUGUUAGAAGACAACUCCUAAAACACAGACUAAAGGGAAAACAGUUUUCUUUGCCCGAUGGAGAUCUCACCAGGCUCGUGAGAGAGACAGAAGGGUAUUCUGGAAGUGACCUUCAGGCCUUGUGUGAGGAAGCUGCAAUGAUGCCAAUCAGAGAGCUUGGUUCUGACAUUCUUAGAGUGAGCGCGAACCAGGUGCGAGGCCUGAGGUAUGCAGACUUUGAGAAGGCAAUGUCUGUGAUCAGGCCUAGCCUCCAAAAAAGCAAGUGGGAAGAACUUGAGCGGUGGAACCGAGAGUUUGGCUCAAACUAAAACUACUUGCAUUGCAUGCCAUUGAGAUGUAACACUUGAAUUCAUUUGUUGUAACCAGCCAAGUAGUGUUCUAAAAAUUGCUAGACGUAUAAGUAAUUCGGCACAUUACGCUUCUUAAUUUAGCAAUCGGGCCGGCCUAAAGCCCGCAUGUUCUUGUGUCGGCCGGGCUAGGGCUGCAAAUGAUCGUGAGUAAUGCGGGACGGGGUGGGCUUGAGCCUAGAAAGUUCUCGUGAUGUAACGUCUCAACCCUACUUGAAACCCGGUCUGGCACGCAUUUUGAUCAGCCAUCGAGAUCUGGCCCUUGUAGCAUCCAUAGGCCAACCGCUGAGCUAUAUCUUACCGGCAAGAGAUAUGAAGUAUUCUUUCCGUCUGUCGUAUAGUAGAUCUUUCAAAAUACCCUUUUUGUUUGUUUGAAAAAGAUCUUUACAUUUUUUUAACAUUUAAAAUACAACAACUAUCUCUUUUUAUUUAUUACACCCCAGUUAAUAUACUCCACUCACUUUCAUUAAUAAAAAAAGUAUUUUAGUAAACUUUUAUCUUUUUU